AAUAUCAUUCCUCACUCAACAAGCCUCAUUUUCUAUCUUUUUAUUAUAUCCUCCUACUCUACAUAUACACACCAUCCUAUUCGAUUAAUCAUUAGCUUUUAUUAUUAGUGCUUAAUUAAUUGAUGGCUUUAGAGUUAGAAGCUUUCAAUUCUUCUCCUCCCACUAAUAGUCCCUUCCCAACCUUCAACAAGGAAGAGAUUCGUGAGAGUGAGUCUUUGGUUAAAAGAAAACGCUCAAAACGACCUCGUAUUAGUAAUCCACCAACUGAAGAAGAGUAUCUCGCUCUCUGCCUCAUCAUGCUCGCUCAAAGCGGUAACAACAGAAACAACAAAAACGACAUCGUUUCUCACUUUCACAACCAAAUUGAAUCUUCAUCUUCGCAAUCACAACAACAACCAUCACCACCAUCGCCGCCGGUGAAGCUGAAUCACCGCUGCACUGUCUGCAACAAGGCUUUCCCCUCUUAUCAGGCACUUGGUGGUCAUAAAGCCAGUCACCGUAAAUCCUCUUUGGAAACUCCAUCCACAGCCUUCAACGACACUGUAUCCGUCUCAACCGUCACCGCCGGUAAGAUGCACGAGUGUUCAAUCUGUCAUAAGAGUUUUUCUACCGGUCAAGCACUUGGUGGACACAAACGAUGCCACUACGAAGGAGGUAUCAAUCACAACAACAACAAUAACAAUAACAGUAAUAGCAACGUCAACGCUAAUAACAGCAGUGGAAUCACAAUAUCUGAGGGCGCCGCCGCUUCCUCCUCCGUCAGCCACCGUGGAUUUGACCUCAAUCUACCUGCGCCUCUAACUGAGUUCUGGUCUCCGGUGGGAUUCGGAGGUGGCGAUUCCAAGAAGAAGAGCGUUAACGUUAACGUCGCCGGAAUCGGUGAACAGGAGGUGGAAAGCCCAUUGCCGGUAACCGCCAAAAGGCCACGUGUGUUUUUGGUUGAACAUGAUGAUGAAACGGUGUAGCUUAAUUAGCACUGUAAUUUAAUUAUUAUUAUUUUUUUAAUUUUAAAUUUGAUUUGAUUGAAUUUGUUGUUAUCGUGCUGUGAUUAUGAAUCGCACAUAUUCGAGCACCCACUAGCUAGUUUACCAUUUGUUUUGUUUUUUUAAUUGGGUUGGGGGAAUUUGGAUUAGGUUCAGAUUUUGUUUCUGUUCUUAAUUCACUCUUU